AUGCCACCCAACGAGUGUCGAAGACCCCGCUUGCGAAAUCUCGCGCCUAAUGUGUCUCCUCUUGUCCUGAGUGAUGCUGCUACCAAAGCUUACCAUAUUGAGGUAGUUAGCGACUUAACUGCAGAUUCUUUCAUUGCUGCUCUUAGGCGAUUUGUAUCGAGGCGUGGUACACCUCGAUACUUAUUUUCGGACAAUGGUACGAACUUUGUUGGCGCAAAAAGAAAAUUGUCCGAAUUGCAAACUUUGCUACUUUCACUUAACAGCAAUGAAUUGAUUUUAUAUUUGGCUGAAAAUACUAUGGAAUGGAAAAUGAUUCCACCUGCUUCUCCCCACUUUGGUGGUUUGUGGGCAUCAGGGAUCAUAAAAUUUCAUUUGAAAAGAACGAUAGGAGAGACAAAGUUAACAUUUGAAGAAUUAACUACUUUACUAACUCAAACUGAAGCUGUGUUAAAUUCACGCCCCUUAUCUAAAACUAAUCACAAUGAUGUAGGUAAUUUAGAUGCUUUGACUCCAUCACAUUUUUUAACUGGGGAUGUUCUUACUAGCAUCCCAGAACAGGAUUUUUCUAAUAUUCCCAAACCCACUUUAUUAAAACCAUGGGAGUUAUUACAGCAAAUGAAACAAGGUGAUAUUGUAUUAAUUAAGGAGGACAACAUGCCUCCUGGUGUUUGGCCUUUAGGUCGCAUUGCUGAAAUCCAUCCAGGAAAGGAUGGCAAUGUUAGAGUUGUUACAGUAAAAACUGUUCAUGGUUAUGGUUAUUUUAAAAGACCUAUAGUAAAACUUUUACCAUUGCCAUUGCAUCGGGAAUGA